GUCAUUAUUUAUUUGCAAUUUGCUAAAUGCUAAAUUGCUAAGUCACUUUCGAUCAAUCGUUAUACGUUAUACGUUUACAGUUUACACCAGUCGACGGUCCAUUACACUUAAUUAUUUGCAAUAAAGUUUUAACGUUACAUAUUUUUUACUACACUGUAUAAUUCUUAAAUCUAUUAAGUAUCAAAAUACGUAUUAUAUGACAUAUAUUUUUAAAUAAAUUGAUUAUCUAAUACUUGUAUUGAAUACUGACUACUAUAUAAAUUAAAAAUUAAAAGUUUAAAAUAUGUUUCGGAGAUUGAUCAUUGCACAAUCGAAAUUGUAUCGACAUUCUUAUAUGGUACAGAAUCUUAAUGUUCGGCGUUUACAUGAUAAAAAAGACAUAAAACAAAAUGAAUGCAAACAAAAACAGCCAGUCUUAGAAUGUAUUUGUCCUCCAAUACAUUACAAAAUACUAACUAUGGAUGAUAUGCAAUUGCCAUAUGGUAAUUGGAAAGAACAAAAUGCAAAAAGAAACAAAUCUUACAAUAGAGUAUUCUUGUUUGGUUUAGUUUCAUUGAUUGGUUCUAUAAUAUUUCUUAAAGAAUCUGUGUUUUUUAAUGCAUUUCCGCCUCCUUAUCCCUUCAAUAAAGUCAGAGAAGAUAUAUUUGAAUGUGCCGAUUGUGAUGAAGAGUAUGAAUUUGAAUGUGAAUGUGAAUGUUAACUUGAAAAUGUUACUAACCGAUGUGUUUUAUAAAUUGUUAUCUAAAGGUUAAAAUAUUAUUUUACGGAAAAAUAAUCAUAAUAUAAAGAUUUUUUUG